AUGGUACCUGUAGAGGAGAAGAAUGAGGCGGAGACUGAGAAGAAUACGCAUAAAGAUAGAACGGAUCUGCAGCUGAAGGAUCUCCCAGCUGUUGUAGCUGCAGAGGAGUCAUCAUGUGUACCUGGAUUUGAGUCAAAUUUGUUGGUAUUCAAAGUGGCCAAAAAACAUCUGAGACAUGGCACAAGACUGGGCAAAGUUGGCUUCACUGACUGCACGGGCCGCACAAGAUUCCUUUUCAGCUCUGAUGACAUCCGUUUUUUGGUCCAGACAGAUGGGAUGUUAACUGUAAAGAGACAGGUUGUUUUUCAUGAUCAGCCCCAACACUUCGUUAUCCACUCCUUGAAUACACAAGGUCAGAAAACGAGUGUUCCUGUCAUGGUGUUCUACCAACAAUUAAACCACAAGAACAACAACCAGCCAUGCAAUCACACUGAAUUGGGUUCAGCCAAUAACACACAGGACACAGCUGAUGAGGAAGUACCAAUGUUGCAUUUCCCUAAGUCUUUUAAAGGAAUGAAGAGAAUUAAGAGAGACUGGAUUCUUCCUCCCCUCAGUGUUCCUGAGAAUAGCAGAGGACCGUAUCCCCUAUUUCUUGCUCAGAUCCGUUCUGAUAGGCAUGUUACCAAAAGGAUCGAAUACAAAAUCACUGGCCCUGGAGCUAACCAGCAUCCUAUUGGUCUUUUCACCAUGAACAAGAAUUCUGGUGAUCUGUAUGUUACAGAAGAACUGGACAGAGAGAAACAAAACAGUUACAAGCUCCAAGCACAUGCUGUGGCAGAUGAUUUGGGAAAAGCAGAGGAGCCUAUGGACAUUGUCAUCAAUGUCAUUGACCAGAACGACAACAAACCUGUUUUUAAAGAACUGACCUACAUUGGAGCAGUUCCUGAGUCCUCAGAAAAAGGGUUCGAGGUGAUAAGUGUUGAAGCCACAGAUGCUGAUGAGCCAAAUACCGAUAACUCUGACAUCCAAUAUCGUAUUGAACACCAGGAGCCAGAGGAGCCAACACCCUUCAUGUUCACCAUCAACCCAAAAACUGGAACCAUCAGAGUCUAUGGUGCUGGGUUGGACAGAGAGAAAAUCCCUCAGUACACACUGAGAGUACAGGCAGCUGACAGCCAAGGUGAAGGUUUGACUGGAUUUACCAGAGUGAUCAUCAAGGUGACGGACAGCAACGAUCACGCCCCGGUCUUUACAGGUCCCUCUUAUACAGCAGCAGUUGAAGAGAAUAAAGUAGAUGCUGUAGUUGUUCGAAUGCUGGUGACAGACGAAGAUGAGCCACAUUCUCCAGCCUGGGAUGCAAAGUUCAGAAUUAUUGAUGGAGAUCCAGGAAAUCUUUUCACUGUGAAAACAGGAACUAACAAGCAAGAAGGAAUCAUUUCUACUGCUAAGGCUCUGGAUUUUGAGAAAACCAGUAAGCACACUCUGGUGGUUACAGUGGAGAAUGAGAUUCCUUUUGUCAGUCCUCUACCCACUUCUACUGCUACAGUGGUGGUGACUGUGAAGGACGUCAAUGAACCUCCAAUAUUUGAUCCACAAGAGAACCAAGUGUCCAAAAGAGAGGACCUUUCUUUAGACAAUACUGUGGUACAGUACACAGCUUCUGAUCCAGACACUGCACGCAAACAGAAAGUCAUGUAUAAGAUGAUCAGUGACCCAGCUGGCUGGCUUAACAUUGACACAAACACUGGAAAAAUCACAGUGAGAGACCAAAUGGACAGAGAAUCUCUGUUUGUCAAGGAGGAGAAAUACACAGCAAUUAUUGGUGCAUAUGAUGAUGAUCAAAUCUCAGCUACAGGAACUGGUACUUUGGUCAUCAAGCUUGAAGAUGUCAAUGAUAACCCCCCCGCCAUUGACGAACGUGAAUUUAAGGUGUGUAACAAGAGACCAGCUCCUCAGCUUCUGACUGUAACAGAUAAAGAUGGACCGGGCUUUACUUCUCCAUUCAGCGUCCACCUACAUAAUUCUGCAAAGGCUAACUGGACUGCUAGGAUGAAUGGCACCAGGACAGGCAUCAUCUUGACAUUAAACUCUAAGCUUCGUGGAGAAUACAGGGUGGCUUUGAGUGUUUCUGACAAUCAGGGUCUGUCACAGGUCAGCACAGUCACAGCUACAGUGUGUGAUUGCACUGGGGAAGAACUGAGCUGCCCCAGUUGGCGAAUUGGUGGUUCCAGUUUUCCGGUCGUCCUGGUAAUACUUGGAGUUGUGCUGCUACUGCUCAUCGUGGUGACCGUGGUGCUGGUUUCAAAAUGGAAAAAAACAAAAACAACCCAGCCUUCAGAUACAGAGUAUGGAUCCAGAGAUAAGCUUGUUUACUAUGAUGAACAGGGAGGAGGAGAGGAUGAUCAGCAGGAAUAUGAUCAGAGCAUUAUCCACUAUGGUAUGACCACUUCAAAUAAACUCAGGUGUGACAUGGCUCCAACUGAUCUGACUACAUACAACAGGCCCCAGUACAGACCUCACCCUACCAACCCAGAAGAGAUUGGCAACUUUAUUGAUGAUAACCUGAAGGUGGCAGAUACUGACCCAACUGCUCCCCCCUUUGACUCCCUGCUGGUGUUUGAUUUAGAAGGAAGUGGUUCCAAGGCAGAGAGCCUCUCGUCUCUGUACUCAUCGAAAGAUGGAGACCAGGACUAUGACUGUCUCAUAGAAUGGGGCCCCCGCUUUAAGAAACUGGCCGACAUGUACGGAGGAGGAGAGGAUGAUGAGCUACUAUAAAUGUGCCCAGACUGUGCACGCAGUUUAACUUGUAGUCAGUUUUAUUAGCAAUUUACAGUCACUGCUCUGAAGUCAAAGAGUUUGUUUUUAUGUGCCUCUGCAAGCAUUCUUUUGUUACGGUCUGCAGGACAAAGACUAAAAUUAAUAUUUGCCUCCGUCAAGUUUAUGUUUUCAGUCGAGUCUGUCUGUCGGGCUGUGUGUAUGUGUGUUAGCAGGUUUACAGAAAAAGUUACACAUUCUUAUGAUUUUUUUUUUCGGAUAUUGAUCCAGGAUGUUUUAUUUCUAUGGCGUCAGUGACCCUACGUUGUGUGGUGGAGGCAUCCAGUCUCGGACUGUAUUGUUUAUUUUUUUAUUCUUCACAAAAUAUAUGCACUUAAAAAUUUGCCAUUUUACUGGUAAGAUUUGUGUAAAAUAUUGUAUUUUGGAUGUUUUUUUUUUUUUCAUUGUUUUAUAAUGUGUUUAAAAAAUACUCUGUUGUAAUGGCUCAUUCUUAAUACUCUGACAUCCUUAAAUAAAAAUUCCUUCAUUCUGUCUGGGUCUGGGAGUUUCUGUUGGUUUUCUGUCUUUUUUUUUUUUUUACCUGUUGUUUACUU